AUGUCUAGAGUAUCCCUAAAGUACUAUACACGCCCGAUCUUCCUUGCCUUAUCCUCACUUCCAGUCUAUAUGGCUGUCGGUCACAUCAGGUAUAAGCUUGCAACGGUCAUGCAAAUUUUGCCCCUUGGGCAGAGCGCCAACGGGCAACUUACCCUAAUACUUGCUCUGCCUAUUUCAGAGCGACACGGAAUGGCCAUGGCCAAUCAUGAAGCUCUUAGCGCUUGCAGCCGACAUCUAUUAUGA